AGCAUUGAAAUUGAAUGUCAAAUACAAACACAUGAAAUGUUUGAAUCAAUUAUUGUUUAUUUUGUUUCGUUUUUAUCAAAGUUUUUGAACCAUAUUUUGUUUGUUAACUGAAAAGAUAUGAGUAGUCGAAGAAGUGAUUCCCGAGACAGGGAUAGAGAUAAAUAUGAUAGAAGAAGAACAAAGGAUCACCACAACAGAGAUAGAUCACCAAAGGAUCGACAAUUGGCUUACAAUGAGUUAAGACAUCGAGCUAUUGGUGAACAACGCGGACGAAGACAUGAUGACCAGCAGCAGCCAAGACAUGAUAAUCGAUAUCACAAUAAUCGAGAUUAUAGAAGACAUGAUGAACACAGAAAUAGCGACAAUAAUUAUAGAGGAGAUAAUAAUCGUCGUCGAGAUAGAGAUACUCACACGAGAAGACAUAACGAUUUUGAUGGAAAAGAUAGAAAUAAUGGCGAGUUUUGGUCAAAAGAGGCCAAAAGCAAGACUAGAGGCCAUAACAAUGAUGAGGAAGAGGAGGAACCCAAAGAAAAAGAGAAACCAAAUUUGCAGACAACCGGAAAGUUGGCCGAAGACACAAAUAUGUAUAACGGAGUUGUUAUUAAAUACAAUCAGCCGCCAGAAGCCCGCAAACCGAAACGUCGGUGGCGUUUAUAUCCGUUCAAAGGCGACGAUUCACUUGAAUUCAUUCCUAUUCAUCGACAAAGUGCUUAUCUGAUGGGAAGAGAUCGCAAAGUAGCUGACAUACCCAUUGAUCACCCGAGUUGUUCCAAACAACAUUCUGUGGUACAGUUUCGUCUUAUGGAGUACAAGAAAGACGACGACACCAUCAGUAAACGAGUUCGGCCUUAUAUUAUUGACUUGGAAUCAGCUAAUGGCACGUUUGUUAACAACCAGAAGAUUGAACCGAAACGAUACUAUGAACUAUUCGAGAAGGAUGUCAUCAAAUUUGGUUUCAGUACUCGAGAAUAUGUUGUACUUCACGAACAGUCAGUCGACGAGUCUGAUGACGACGACAUCGCUGCCGAAGUCGAGAUUAAAGAUGAACCGAAAGAUUGAUUUUGUUAUAAAUCAUUUUGAUUGUCUUUUCCUCAAUGUAUUCAUACAAAGCAUUUUCGCCAAAUUCUCGACCAAAACCCGACA